AUGGAUAUCGCCACGGAAUGGACCACCAACGCCAAUGAGGCACUCACUAUCACGCUAGAGCCGUCCAAGGGCAAGGGCAAGGGCAAAGAGGUCAGCAACGGCUCCGAGAAGAGCCAUGUCUUCAACCCCAUCUUCACCUACCCCAUCUACGGAGAUGUAGAGACCAUCCUCGGAUACAAGAACUUCGAGCUCAAUUUGAAGAUGGACGCCUCUACUAUGCUGCCGCUGGUGACAGUCAAGUUUUCCGACAAGUUGGAGUUUGAUGGAAUCUCUUUUGACGACCCUGUAGAGAGAUUGCUGGAGUUUUUGCCCGAGGAAACCGCCACCGACGAGGCUGAGUGGGAGGAAAAGCGGGUCAAGGAGCUUGGCGACGGCUUCAAGCCGGUUGGAAAGGAGUUUGGUACCUUUUCAGUAAACAGCGAGAAAUACACAGUCCACCGGUCAACUCUGCUUGACCCGGAGACUCUCAAAUUGCAUCUGAGACUACAGAUCUUCGUGCCUCUAUUCAUUGAGGCGGGCUCAUACAUUGACAACGAGGAUGACCGCUGGGAGAUUUACAUUGUGUACAACGCGGAGAAGGAGAUUGUCGGAUUCUCCACCGUAUACUGCUACUGGUUCUACGAGCCUUCGGCUAAGGAAAGCAAGGCUCCCAAGGACGCGUCGUUGGAGCAGCUCCAGAAACAGCCGUUUUCGCCCACGCUUCGAAAGCGAAUCUCGCAAUACGUCAUCUUGCCUCCUUUCCAGGGCAAGGGUCUGGGAGGGCAGCUGUACACUCUGUUGUUCUCUCGUUUCUACGCCGACCCUAAUGUGUAUGAAAUCACAGUCGAAGACCCCAGUGAAGCCUUUGACGAUCUGCGAGAUCGAUGCGAUCUAAAGUGGCUAGCAGACCAGGGAUUCCCCUCGGAGGUGUUCCGGAUGCUGCAGACCACUUCUGCACAUGGAGAGAAGGCUGGAGACAAUCGAACUGGCCGAACCAAGGUCGUGGCAGGCGCGUUCUGGACCAAAUGGCUAGAGGAGCAUCGAUUGAAGUACAAGCUGGCCCACAGACAGUUUGCUCGGUGCUUUGAAAUGAUUCUCCUAGCUUGUCUGGAGGUGUCUAGCCCGACGAAGAAGCGAAAUAUCAAGGACGCGCGACUUUUUAUCAAAAAGCGAGUCUACGUGCGAAACAGAGAGUUUCUGGAGGAACUGGGAGGCAAGAUAGAAGUCAUGUCCAAACUGCAGGAGACAUACGAGUCCAUGGAGGAGGAUUAUGCCCGAAUCAUGAAACCUGUUCUGGGAUAUGUCAAGGACGGACUCAAGAAACGAGACCGAAAUGAUGCUGGCAAUGAAGAGGCUAAGAGAGUCAAGGUGGAGUAA